AUGACCAAGGGCAGCUCCGUCCACGAGGCCGUCGUGCCCUCCGGCGACGACGCCGAGAAGCACGGCGUCUACGCCGCCGCCACCCCCUCCAACACCGUCCCCUACGCCGACCAGAUCCCGCACGAGAUGAUGGAGGGCCUCGCGCCCAACGGCGAGGCCGACUACAUCCGCGCCCACGUCAACGCCAUGUCCGAGGAGGAGGCCCUCGCCAUCGUCCAGGAGUCGCUCGACUUCCACUCGGACGACUGGAACUUCCCCGCCGACAUGCGCGAGCGCAUGCGCGCGUACCUGGAGCGCGGGCAAAAGGGUUAUGGGGAGUGGUACGAGCGCGACCUGCGCAUCGACGCGGUCAUGAUGAAGUACUCGUCGCCGUAUCCGGGCGUGCGCGCGGUAGCGAGCCCGCUGGACGACGAAAAGGUGCCGGUGGAGACGAUGAGGGCGUAUUUCCUGGGCGUCGGCUGGGCGGUUAUUGGGACGUUUAUGGCGACGUUUUUCAACAGUCGCUUCCCCGGUAUUGGCCUCGGCGGUGCCGUCAUUCAAAUCUUACUCUAUCCAUGCGCCAAGGUCCUCGAAACCGUCUUGCCCGACUGGGGCUUCACCGUCUUCGGCACUCGACACUCGCUCAACCCCGGCCCCUGGACCUUUAAAGAGCAAAUGUUUUCGACAAUUACCUUCAACAUUGCGAUAUACUCGACAAACGCAUAUACCAUGAUCCUCGUUCAGAGGUCUCCCGUCUUCUACGGCCUCGAGUUUGUCAAUUUCGGUUACCAGCUGCUGCUGACGCUCUUCGUGCAACUCAUGGGCAUGGGCUUCGCGGGCUACCUCCGUCGCUUCAGCGUCUACCCCGUCAAGGCUCUCUGGCCGACGCUCCUGCCCAUCAUCGCCAUGAACCGCGCCCUCACCAAGCCGGAGCCGCGCGAGAACAUCAACGGGUGGACGAUCUCGCGGUACCGCUUCUUCUUCAUCUGCGCGGCGGGCAUGUUCGUGUACUACUGGAUCCCCGGCUACCUCUUCACCGCGCUGUCGACGUUUAACUGGAUGACGUGGAUCGCGCCCCAGAACCUGACGCUGGCCAUCCUGACGGGCUCGCGCCUCGGCCUCGGCCUGUUCAACCCGUUGACGACGUUUGACUGGAACGUGGCGACGUCGUCGUACGCGGCGCUCUCGCAGCCGUUCUUCGCGACCUGCACCAUGUACAUCAGCGCGAUCCUGGGCGGCCUCAUCAUCCUGGCCAUCUACUACACCAACAUGUACAACACGGCGUACCUGCCCAUCAACUCGGCGGCCGCCUUUGCUAACGACGGCACCAUCUUUGACGUAAAAAAGGUCGUCGUCGACAACAAGCUCGACGCGGCCAAGCUGCAGGAGUACUCACUGCCCUUCUACUCGGCCGGCUAUGUGCUCACCGUCGGCGCCAACUUUGCCUUCUACCCGGUCUACUUCUUCUACAUCAUGGUCAACCAGUGGCGGACCAUGUCGCAGGCCUACGCUGACUUCUACCGCGGCCUGCGCCACGGCAAGAGCAACUACUCGGACGACGCCAUGGACGUGCACAGCCGCGCGAUGCGCAAGUACAACGAGGUGCCCGACUGGUGGUUCCUAGCCAUCCUCGCCGUCACCAUCGCACUGUCCGUCGUCUGGAUCGAGAUCUACCCGCUCGGCAUCCCCGCGUGGCUCGUCUUCCUGCUCAUCGGCAUCAACCUCGUCUUCGCCGUGCCGCUGUCCUUCCUGUCCGCCACCACUGGCACCAACCUCGGCCUCGGCGCGCUCAUCCAGAUCAUCACCGGCUACCUGCUGCCCAACAACCCCAACGCCUUCCUCUUCUCCCAGGCGCUCGGCAGCUGGGCGCUCGCCGGCUACGGCGACAACUACGUCCAGGACCAGAAGAUGGCGCACUACUGCAAGAUUGCGCCGCGCGCCGUCUUCCGCUCCCAGAUCGGUACCAUCAUCAUCACCUGCUUCGUGGCCGUCGGCACGCAAAACUUCAUCCUCACCAGCGUGCCCGGGCUCUGCACCGAGAAGCAGCCCUCGCAGUUCACCUGCAUGGGCGACGGCCACCCGAUGUACGCCAGCUCGCUCAUGUGGGGGCUGCUCGGCUCCGAGCGCAUGUUCGGCUCGCUCUACCCGCUCUUCAAGUGGUGCUUCCUCAUGGGCUUCGGCAUCGCCGUCGUCUUCCUCGCCGCCCAGGGCCUCGGCCCCAAGUACCUGCCCGGCGUCCGCGAGGGCCUCCGCCGCAAGCUCCGGCCCAGCACCUUUGCCCUGCUCGACCGCACGCUCUUCCCCUUCGUCGCCUCGCUGCUCUGGCUCAACCCGAUCCUCAUCAUCCAGGGCAUCCAGCACUGGGCGCCGUCCAACCUGAGCUACAAGACGCCCGGCUUCAUCCUGUCGUACAUCUUCAUGUACUGGCUGCCGCGCCGCCGCCUCGCCUGGUGGGCCAAGUACAACUACGUCCUCUCGGCGGCCCUCACGGCCGGCCUGGCCGUCAGCGCCCUCAUCAUGUUCUUCGCCGUCGGCUACCACCCGCAUCCCCUCAAUUGGUGGGGGAACACAGUCAGCGGUGCCGGCGUCGACGGAAGCAACAAGGGUAUCCUCCCGAUUCCUGCGCGCGGAUACUUUGGGCCCGAAAAAGGAACUUUUGCUUGA